AUGGGAGCACUGCUGGGGCUCCUGGCACUGCUGCUGUGGGGCGCUGGGGCCGAGGGCCCGGCCAAGAAGGUGCUGACGCUGGAGGGGGACCUGGUGCUGGGCGGGCUGUUCCCCGUGCACCAGAAGGGCGGCCCGGCCGAGGAGUGCGGGCCGGUGAACGAGCACCGCGGCAUCCAGCGCCUGGAGGCCAUGCUCUUCGCGCUGGACCGCAUCAACCGCGACCCGCGCCUGCUGCCCGGCGUGCGCCUGGGCGCGCACAUCCUGGACACCUGCUCCAAGGACACGCACGCCCUGGAGCAGGCCCUGGACUUCGUGCGCGCCUCGCUCAGCCGGGGCGCCGACGGCUCACGCCACGUCUGCCCCGACGGCUCCUAUGCCACCCACGACGAUGCUCCCACCGCCAUCACGGGUGUCAUCGGCGGCUCCUACAGUGACGUCUCCAUCCAGGUGGCCAACCUCCUGCGGCUGUUUCAGAUCCCGCAGAUCAGCUACGCGUCCACCAGCGCCAAGCUGAGCGACAAGUCCCGCUACGACUACUUUGCCCGCACGGUGCCCCCCGACUUCUUCCAGGCCAAGGCCAUGGCCGAGAUCCUCCGCUUCUUCAACUGGACCUACGUGUCCACCGUGGCCUCCGAGGGCGACUACGGCGAGACGGGCAUCGAGGCCUUCGAGCUGGAGGCCCGCGCCCGCAACAUCUGCGUGGCCGCCUCGGAGAAGGUGGGCCGCGCCAUGAGCCGCGCGGCCUUCGAGGGCGUGGUGCGCUCGCUGCUGCAGAAGCCCAGCGCCCGCGUGGCCGUGCUGUUCGCCCGCUCCGAGGACGCCCGCGAGCUGCUGGCCGCCGCCCAGCGCCUCAACGCCAGCUUCACCUGGGUGGCCAGCGACGGCUGGGGGGCCCUGGAGAGCGUGGUGGCCGGCAGCGAGGGGGCCGCCGAGGGCGCCAUCACCAUCGAGCUGGCCUCCUACCCCAUCGGCGACUUCGCCGCCUACUUCCGCGGCCUGGACCCCUGGAACAACAGCCGCAACCCCUGGUUCCGCGAGUUCUGGGAGCAGCGGUUCCGCUGCAGCUUCCGGCGGCGGGACUGUGCGGCCCACUCCCUGCGGGCCGUGCCCUUCGAGCAGGAGUCCAAGAUCAUGUUCGUGGUCAACGCCGUGUACGCCAUGGCCCACGCGCUGCACAACAUGCACCGCGCCCUCUGCCCCAACUCCACCCGCCUCUGCGACGCCAUGCGGCCCGUCAACGGGCGGCGCCUCUACAGGGACUUCGUGCUCAACGUCAAGUUCGAUGCCCCCUUCCGCCCAGCCGACACCCACAGCGAGGUCCGCUUCGACCGCUUUGGCGACGGCAUCGGCCGCUACAACAUCUUCACCUUCCUGCGGGCGGGCGGCGGGCGCUACCGCUACCAGAAGGUGGGCUACUGGGCGGAAGGCCUGACGCUGGACGCCAGCCUCAUCCCCUGGGCCGCGCCCUCGGCCGGCGCCCUGCCCGCCUCCCGCUGCAGCGAGCCCUGCCUGCGCCACGAGGUGAAGAGCGUGCAGCCGGGCGAGGUGUGCUGCUGGCUCUGCAUCCCCUGCCAGCCCUACGAGUACCGGCGGGACGAGUUCACCUGCGCCGACUGCGGCCUGGGCUACUGGCCCAACGCCAACCUCACCGGCUGCUUCGAGCUGCCCCAGGAGUACAUCCGCUGGGGCGACGCCUGGGCCGUGGGCCCCGUCACCAUCGCCUGCCUGGGCGCCCUGGCCACCCUCUUCGUGCUGGGCGUGUUCGUGCGGCACAACGCCACGCCCGUGGUCAAGGCCUCGGGCCGCGAGCUGUGCUACAUCCUGCUGGGCGGCGUCUUCCUCUGCUACUGCAUGACCUUCGCCUUCGUGGCCAAGCCCUCCACCGCCGUGUGCACGCUGCGGCGCCUGGGCCUGGGCACCGCCUUCUCCGUCUGCUACUCCGCCCUGCUCACCAAGACCAACCGCAUCGCGCGCAUCUUCGGCGGCGCCCGCGAGGGCGCCCAGCGGCCGCGCUUCAUCAGCCCCGCCUCGCAGGUGGCCAUCUGCCUGGCGCUCAUCUCGGGCCAGCUGCUCAUCGUGACGGCCUGGCUGGUGGUGGAGGCGCCGGGCACGGGCAAGGAGACGGCGCCCGAGCGGCGGGAGGUGGUGACGCUGCGCUGCAACCACCGCGACGCCAGCAUGCUGGGCUCGCUGGCCUACAACGUGCUGCUCAUCGCGCUCUGCACGCUCUACGCCUUCAAGACCCGCAAGUGCCCCGAGAACUUCAACGAGGCCAAGUUCAUCGGCUUCACCAUGUACACCACCUGCAUCAUCUGGCUGGCCUUCCUGCCCAUCUUCUACGUCACCUCCAGCGACUACCGGGUGCAGACCACCACCAUGUGCGUGUCCGUCAGCCUCAGCGGCUCCGUGGUGCUCGGCUGCCUCUUCGCGCCCAAGCUGCACAUCAUCCUCUUCCAGCCGCAGAAGAACGUGGUCAGCCACCGCGCGCCCACCAGCCGCUUCGGCAGCACCGCGGCCCGGGCCGGCCCCAGCCUCGGCCAAGGGUCUGCCUCUCCGUCUGUCCCCACCGUCUGCAAUGGCCGCGAGGUGGUGGACUCCACGACGUCGUCGCUCUGA